AGCUCCUCCAGACUCCAGCAGCAGCAUCACAGCUCUGACGGCUUCAUGUCACCAGCUGACGGGAUCUGCAGCAUCCACAUGACGGCAUCAGCCGGCGCCUGUAUUUACUCCUGCCCCAGUUUUCUGCUGCUGCUGCUGCAAUGGAGGUGAACAGGGACGAGGCGGAGCGCUGCAUCGACAUCGCCACUGCGGCGCUGACCAACGAGCAGCCGGAGAAGGCGCAGCGGUUCCUGGAGAAGGCGCAGAGGCUGUUCCCGACAGAGAAGGCCAGGGUUCUGCUGGACCUGAUAGCAAAGAAUGGAUUCACACCCAGAGCAGGCAGCCACUCAGAGUUCAGUGGGAGCUCGGGUCCUCGACAUCGGCAGAACACCAGUGAAGAUACGAGACCUCAAGAAAAACCCUCAGAUGCCUCGAAACCCUACACGGCGGAUCAGCUGGAUGCUGUGAGGAGGAUAAAACAAUGCAAAGACUUCUAUGAAAUUCUCGGGGUCCAGAAAGACGCACCUGAGGAUGAACUGAAACGAUCAUAUAGAAAACUUGCUUUGAAAUUCCAUCCAGACAAGAACCACGCUCCAGGGGCUACGGAGGCUUUUAAAGCUAUCGGGAAUGCGUACGCCGUCCUGAGUAACGCUAACAAAAGGCAGCAGUAUGAUCAGUGUGAAGAAGAGAGGCAACAUCCUUCCAGACAUGAACCCGGUCAUGGAAACUUCGAGCCAGACAUUUCACCUGAAGACCUCUUCAAUAUGUUCUUCGGAGGAGGAUACCCGUCAAGUAAUGCUAACGUGUACGCUAACGGGCGGAUGCGUAAUCCAAGGAGAGAGCGACGAGAGCGACCGCGAGAUGGGGGUCUUGCUCUCUUCGUGCAGGUCAUGCCCAUCCUCAUCCUGGUUAUUGUGUCAGCUCUCAGUCAGAUCAUGGUCAACACCCCCCCCUACAGCCUCAGCUUCAGGCCGUCAGCAGGCUACACGCAGAAGAGGCUAACUGAGAACCUGAAGGUGCCAUAUUACGUUGGGGAGCAGUUCUCCAAAGAGUUUACCGGGAUGAAUCGGAGGAAUUUAGAGCGUUCGGUGGAGGACGAUUACAUUUCCAACCUUCGCAACAAUUGUUGGAAGGAGAAACAACAAAAGGAAGGCAUGUUAUACAGAGCUCGCUAUUUUGGAGACACGGAUCUGUACCAAAGAGCACAGAGGGCUCGCACACCGAGCUGCGUCAAGCUGUCGGAGAUCACAGCAUCACAACACGGUUUCCCUAAUCAACACUGAAGUUUGCUGGCUGUAACUAGAUGAGCUUUAACAAUCCGGAGACCGACAACGACUCAACGAGCAACACAAACAAACCAGCAGCAAUCUGCAUCGAACUGAACUGAAAACAAACUGGAUGAAACUAUGAAUUUUAUUAUGUGAAGUUUAAAUGUAAUAUUAAUGAUAUGAAAAGGAAAAGCCACUAAAAAUAGCUCGUCCCCCUGACAAGACACGGGUCUGGAAAACCUUCACGUCCCAGUUUUGCCUGGAAGCCAUGAACCUGGCAGAGCUCACUAGUUUUUUGUCUUCUUCUAAGAAUGCAGUAUGAAACGUCCAUCAGUUCCCUUAAAUUGCAAUCAGCUUCACACGCUCAUAGAUAUCAGUUCUCUAAUGUGCCUGAUUUUCUUCCACCAAGAUCCAUGAAUUAUUUCCUUUGAAAACCUUAAAAAUGUUGAAAAUAAAAUUCCUGGAUCUGCACUAACAUCCACUGGAUUCUUCCCUCACCCAUAAUCAACCAACCAUCUAGCAGACUUGGGUUUGAACAUAAGCUCCCUGGCAUCCCUAUGGAUGUUAUAUAUGUAGCAGCUGAUUAGAUACCACAGCGAACGCUUCCUCUUUCAUUUUAAUUAGUCAAAUCAGUUGAAGAGACGAGUCUGGGGCUGAAUUUUUGCUUGUUUGACUUGCACAUUGUGAAACUAUGCAGGAAUAAUGUGAAACCUCUGAUGAAUACACACUCAUGUCUAAGGUUUGCUGAGUCGUGUGAGCACUGAGAUCUGUCUUCUUUUUCUGCUGUGUGUGUGUGAGAGAGAGAUAACAACUAUGAAAUGUCCCUUUACACUUUGCCUCCUUUAAUUAUAUGAAGGAUAGAGUGAUAUAAUGUACUGUAAGUCGAUGGCACUUCAUAAUAAACGCCAAAAGAAUGAGAGAUGUGCCUAUCCACAAAAGUUCUAUUGUUGGAGUGUACUGUCCUAUCUGUUGUCACACUAUUUGUUCAUAGUAUGCUAUUUAUUCUCUGUUUUGUUUUUAGUUGGGAACAGAUUAUCACACAGAACCUUUUUCCACCAUGUUUUUAGUCCUGGAUGAGA